GCGGCCGUUGGAAUUGGCGCCAAGCGCUGUCAGUUACAACGUUCUAAAGAGGGAGCGGCUGAGGAAGCGCGCGCGGAUCCUGAUUGGGCCCCGGCUGCCCCUCUGCUCGCCCGUUGGUCCAGCGGCCCAUCGAUCACUUCCUAAAGGGGGCGGGCAGCGGCCUCAGGCUACGAAGGUUUGAAAUUUAACGGUUUUAACGGUUUUUCCCUUUAAUCGUCACCACAACCGCUCCUUCCAGCGGCCUCUCACGGCGCAGGCGGGGCCACCUCCUUAGCCACAGCACCGCCCUGUGGCUCCUCCUCAGUCACCAACCCGGGCGUGGGUAUUGCCACACCCACUCUGGCCGAGGGCUGCCCUAGGCCCCCCGAACAUGGCCGCCAAGGCCGCCCUGGGCCCCCCAACAUGACCGCCUCAUCAUGCCAACGCUGCCCCAGCUCCCCCCAACAUGGCCGCCCCAGGCCUCUAACACUGUCCCCCCAACACGACCGCCAAGGCCAUCUUGGGCCCCCCAACAUGUCCGCCCCAGGCCCCUAACAUUCUCCCCCCAACAUGGCCUCCCCAGGCCCCUAACACUGUCCCCCCAACACGACCGCCAAGGCCAUCGAGGGCCCCCCAACAUGGCUGCCCCAGGCCCCUAACAUUGUCCCCCCAACAUGGCUGCCCCAGGCCCCUAACAUUGUCCCCCCAACGUGGCCGCCCCAUCACGCCAACGCUGCCCCAGCUCCCCCCAACAUGGCCGCCCCAGGCCCCUAACAUUGGCCCCCCAACAUGGCCGCCCCAUCACGCCAACGCUGCCCCAGCUCCCCCCAACAUGGCCUCCCCAGGCCCCUAACACUGUCCCCCCAACAUGGCCGCCUCAUCACGCCAACGCUGCCCCAGCACCCCCCAACAUGGCCUCCCCAGGCCCCUAACACUGUCCCCCCAACCUGGCCGCCUCAUCACGCCAACGCUGCCCCAGCACCCCCCAACAUGGCCGCCCCAGGCCCCUAACACUGUCCCCCCAACACGACCGCCCCAUCACGCCAACGCUGCCCCAGCUCCCCCCAACAUGGCCGCCCCAGGCCCCUAACACUGUCCCCCCAACAUGACCGCCUCAUCACGCCAACGCUGCCCCAGCACCCCCCAACAUGGCCUCCCCAGGCCCCUAACACUGUCCCCCCAACAUGGCCGCCAAGGCCAUCCUGGGCCCCCCAACACGACCGCCCCAUCACGCCAACGCUGCCCCGACACCCCCCAACAUGGCCUCCCCAGGCCCCUAACACUGUCCCCCCACCAUGGCCGCCCCAUCACACCAACGCUGCCCGGCAUUCCCCAACAUGGCCUCCCCAGGCCCCUAACACUGUCCCCUCAACAUGGCCGCCCCAUCACGCCAACGCUGCCCCAGCUCCCCCCAGCAUGGCCUCCCCAGGCCCCUAACACUGUCCCCCCAACACGACCGCCAAGGCCUAGCUGGGCCCCCCAACAUGGCCGCCCCAGGCCCCUAACAUUGUCCCCCCAACAUGGCCGCCCCAUCACGCCAACGCUGCCCCGGCACUCCCCAACAUGGCCGCCCCAGGCCCCUAACAUUGUCCCCCCAACAUGGCCGCCCCAGGCCCCUAACAUUGUCCCCCCAACAUGGCCGCCUCAUCACGCCAACGCUGCCCCGGCACCCCCCCAACAUGGCCUCCCCAGGCCCCUAACAUUGUCCCCCCAACAGGGCCGCCCCAUCACGCCAACGCUGCCCCGGCGCCCCCCCCCAACAUGGCCGCCCCAGGCCCCUAACAUUGUCCCCCCAACAUGGCCGCCCCAUCACGCCAACGCUGCCCCGGCACCCCCCCAACAUGGCCGCCCCAGGCCCCUAACAUUGUCCCCCCAACAUGGCUGCCCCAUCACGCCAACGCUGCCCCGGCACUCCCCAACAUGGCCUCCCCAGGCCCCUAACACUGUCCCCCCAACAUGGCCGCCUCAUCACGCCAACGCUGCCCCAGCACCCCCCCAACAUGGCCUCCCCAGGCCCCUAACAUUGUCCCCCCAACAUGGCCGCCAAGGCCAUCCUGGGCCCCCCAACAUGGCCGCCCCAGCCCCCUAACAUUGUCCCCCCAACAUGGCUGCCCCAUCAUGCCAACACUGCCCCAGCGCCCCCCCAACAUGGCCACGUCAUCACACCAACGGUGCGCCAGCGUCCCCCCAACAUGUCUGCACCAGGCCCCUAACAUUGUCCCCUCAACAUGGCCGCCAAGGCCGCCCUUGGCCACCCAACAUGGCCGCCCCAUCACGCCAACGCUGCCCCAACGCCCCCCCAACAUGACUGCCCCAGGCCCCUAACAUUGUCCCCCCAACAUGGCCGCCAAGGCCGCCCUUGGCCCCCCAACAUGGCCACCCCAUCACACCAACGCUGCCCCAGCAGCCCCCCCAACAUGGCCGCCCCAGGCCCUUAACAUUGUCCCCCCAACAUGGCCGCCCCAUCAUGCCAACGCUGCCCCAGCACCCCCCCCAACAUGGCUGCCCCAGGCCCCUAACUUUGUCCCGCCAACAUGGCCGCCCCAUAACGCCAAUGCUGCCCCAGCGCCCCCCAACAUGUCCGCCCCGGGCCCCUAACAUUGUCCCCCCAACAUGGCCGCCCCAUCACGCCAACGCUGCCCCAGCGUCCCCCCAACCUGGCCACCCCAGGCCCCUAACAUUGUCCCCCCAACAUGGCCGCCCCAUCACGCCAACGCUGCCCCAGCACCUCCCAACAUGGCCGCCCCAGGCCCCUAACAUUGUCCCCCCAACAUGGCCGCCCCAUCACGCCAACGCUGCCCCAGCACCUCCCAACAUGGCCGCCCCAGGCCCCUAACAUUGUCCCCCCAACAUGGCCGCCCCAUCAUGCCAACGCUGCCCCAGCACCCCCCCCAACAUGGCUGCCCCAGGCCCCUAACUUUGUCCCGCCAACAUGGCCGCCCCAUCACGCCAAUGCUGCCCCAGCGCCCCCCAACAUGUCCGCCCCGGGCCCCUAACAUUGUCCCCCCAACAUGGCCGCCCCAUCACGCCAAUGCUGCCCCAGCGCCCCCCAACAUGUCCGUCCCGGGCCCCUAACAUUGUCCCCCCAACAUGGCCGCCCCAUCACGCCAAUGCUCCCCAGCGCCUCCCCAACAUGGCUGCCCCAGGCCCCUAACAUCGUCCCCCCAACAUGGCCACCAAGGCUGCCCUGGGCCCCCCAACAUGGCCGCCCCAUCACGCCAUCGCUGCUCCAGCACCCCCCCAACAUGGCUGUCCCAUCAUGUCCAGGCCGCCCCACCUCCUCCCAACAUGGCGACCCCUGCCGCAGCUCCCCCCAACAUGGCUGCCAAGGCCAUCCUGGGCCCCCCAACGUGGCUGCCCAAUCAUGCCAAGGCCCCCCUGGGCCAUGCAACAUGGCCGUCCUGUUACACCACGGCCGCCCCAGGCCAUCUAACAUGGCCACCCCAUCAUGGCAAGGCAGUGCCCGGCCCCCCAACAUAGCUGCAGUCACAUCACGGCUGCUCUCCCACAACCACUCCCCCUAGCCACGGCCAUCCACUCAAUCCACCAUGUCCCCUCCUCCCCAGCACUCUGCAAGUCCCCAUGACUCUAGGGCAGGGGCGGCAGCCUAUGGCACGGGUGCUGAAGGCGGCACAUGAGCUGAUUUUCAGUGGCACUGACACUGCCCGGGUCCUGGCAACCC